AUGGUUGCCCGCGACCCCGAACGACAGAAAGGUCUAGGUCAUGUCCAGGCCGACUGUCCUACCCUCCGCUUGAACGGUGGUGCCUCCAACGCCCGCUGCUAUAACUGCAACAUACCAGGACAUCUGGCUCGAAAUUGCCCAUCCGGCAGUAUGCAGCAGGCCCCCCAGGGUGCCCGAAAUGCAGGCCCAGCUCGUGGAGGGUUUAAUGCUGGCUUUCGGGGAGGCCCUGCCGGUUACCCCAGGGCAGCAACGUGCUACAAAUGCGGAGGCCCGAACCAUUUUGCACGAGAUUGUCAAGCCCAGGCUAUGAAAUGUUAUGCCUGCGGAAAGUUGGGCCAUAUUUCCCGUGACUGCACUGCCCCUAACGGCGGACCCCUGAGCACAGUUGGAAAGGUCUGUUAUAAGUGCUCUCAAGCCGGUCACAUUUCCCGCGACUGUCCUACCAACAACACGGAUGCGAAGGCACAACCUACCGUCACUACUGAAACUACAUCAACAGUUAACCCACCUACAGAAACCCCCGCAGAGGCUCCACCCGUCGCAGCGGGAUCGGUUCCUACCGCCGCUGCUGUCUAA